UAUGAACAUGGUGUUCGUGAUGUGGCGUUAGUCUCCAGUAAAAUAAUAUUAAAAUAUAUACAAAAAAAAAGAAAAAAUAUAAUAACCUUAUAAUCUACUACAAGGACCAGUUAUUUAUGAUUAAUGUAAUUCAAAAUUACUAACUUGCUAACCAUACUAUUGUUGAUAUAGUCUACGUUUGAUAAUGGCUGAUAGGAAAAAGGCUCAAUAAAAUUGGUUUGGAAUAAUGUCGAAAGUUAGCGGUUAUGCGGGUGAGCGGUAUCCUCGCAAAGAUGAUGCCGGAAAAAAACCCCCAGCAGCGGGCGAUGCUCCUAUAUAUAAGAAGAAAAAUGAGGUAGUUACAGGCAAACACAAGGAGGAGCCACCGUCACCAGAACCAGAGAAAAUACAGAAUACUCUAUCACAAACAAUUAAAGAUGACGCUGAAUAUAGAGCCAUGUUAAGGCGGCAACGGUUCAAGCGCAGAUGGCCGGAGAUCAGUAAAGUCAAGAUACGUACAAAGCCGUGGUUACCACCAGGACCUCCACAACGAAUGCCUCCAAUUACAAUAAAACGUCCGGAGAUUAUGACUCAGCCGUGGGUACCUCCCUAUCGGCGCCGUCGUCGUCCUCGCCCCAGGCGGAUGAGGAUACCUCCAGACGAAAUUACACAACCAUUGUACGAAUUUGCUAAAUUAAAAAAGAUCUGGCAUAAUUUUGGUCAAGUUGAAAAAAACAAGAUGAUACUGAAAGGAAGUAUCGGAUGUAAUUCUAAAAAGUACUCGUCUACUGCUUGCGGAGCCCAAACUGGCUGCAUAGCAGCUGUGUGCCGUGCACUUUUGGAAGAUAAAACACCUGGACAGCUUACUAGGGGAGAUGUAGACGACGUGAUUGAAGCUGGAGAUAGAUAUUAUAAACAGUGCAUGCUAUCGCUUAAAUGCUAUAAAGGCAAGCCUCAACUACAACUGAACCAGCUUCUUACAUCAUUCUUCUUUCGCGACAGCAAGUAUACGGUGAAGAUAUCAGAGAUUGAAAGGGGGUUGCUUGCUAAACACCCUGAUAAUAUCCAAGCUGAACCUGAUCUUAUGGCUCUUAUGGAAAAGAAAAUUGGUUCUACAUACAUGAUGAUUUUAACCUUGGGCGGUGACCGUCAUUUCUUAAUAUGGGGCCACCCACCUCCACCCGAGUCAGGAAGCCAAGUGAGGACUAUCUGCUACAUCUUUGAUCCUCAUAUGCUUAACGAACUGGGACAGCCACAUAAAUUGUUUGGUGCUGGUGCGUUUCUUCGAUACGCCGGCAUCACUUCCUUUGUUCUAGACUUUCUUGCCAACUAUGGAGAUCUAGAUGCUGCUAAAAAGGGCACCCCCAAACCACCAAUAACUUUGACCAAUAUAGAGGUGGUGCAAAAGGAACCAUUGCUUAGAGAGCCUAAGUAUGAGCUUGACCUGAAAGCAAUUAAGACUCACUGUCAAAGCGAAUGGGAUAGUCUCAACAUCAAUGCUUUGUUAGAGAAAAAGAUCAAGGAGGGUCAGUAUCCACUGUGUUCCUUAAGCGCAGUGAGCUUGGCCACUUCAAGAGCAACUUCUAGAAAGAAAAUGAGAGAAUUCUACCAAAAGACUCCUAAAGAGCCCCCUCCGCACUUGCCGGUCGCCCCCGAGCGAGCACCUCCAAGUCCAACCCUAGAUCAAUUGAUGCAGCUCCGUGGCGAAGACUUCUUCUUGUAUUGUCCUAAAACAGACGGUCAUACAUACGGCAGAGAUGAUAUGAUACCGCGUCCUAAAUCUGAGACAGUUUUACACAGUCCCGUGGAAAUAGCUACGCAAAAUUACCACUCGCAAUUUCAGCAAGUCGAUGUUGGGAAGUGGAUCCUGAGGGGUACAAGACAUAUGGGAAGUUACAGGUAUCAAACAUUCAAGACCUACACAAGUAUUCCGUGCUGUGUAGCUGCUCUCGCUAUGCUGAGGAGGCUCCGAGCACGGGCAUGGAAUGAAGAUACUUUGGAUGAGACCUUGGAUAUCGGCUACAACCUGUAUAGGGAAUCUUUAGUUGAGCGGGGAGGCCCAAUUCGUCGGCUUGUUCUCGGUGAAUUAAAAGACAAUUUCAGAAUACGUGACAGAGAAUAUACCCACAAGCUGCGAGGAAUAGCAGUAUGGGGUAAACUACUGUCUUCGAGUCCCAAAGUCUUAGAUCUCUGUCGUGGUAUUGAGAGUUUCUUCAAAGAGUCAGACGCUGGUGUUCUUCAGAUUCCAGGAGAGUAUGAAACGGCUAUUUGGAAUGAAGGUGGCACAUUCUACGUAUAUCAUCCGUGGCCCGCAGAUAGAUAUGGGCAUAGGGUUGGUCUUCGGGAAGGUGGGAAAGCCUGCCUCCUCUACUUUGGGCACAUAGCUCGUUUGUGUGAGUACUUCAUGGACAAUGUAGCUGAUAUGAAGAGAAAACCUUUCAGCAUAGCUGAUGUCAGCGUAUUUGAACGAAAAGAAAUGCCUGAGCCUUUGAAUAAACUUAAACCGGUAGCUCCCAACCGGUGGGUGAUCCGUGGUCGAUUCCAUGAGGGUGAUGAUCGUUUCCCAGAGGAACACCGCAAUAAGCAAGCCACGCCAGCUUCUAUUGCUGCCAUAGCUAUGGCACAUAUUGUGGAACCUUCGUCGUGGACUCCUGAUGAUAUCGAUGAGACUCUUAUCCGAGGUGAUAUUCUAUACCAAAAUACAAUCGAAUAUCUCAAACGUAUGGGCAUCAGUUUAGACUCCAUGAAAAAUACAGAAGAAGCCGGAGAAGAAGAAGAAUCUGCACCAAGCGGGACACUGGCGGCAGCUGAUGUUCUUACUAAAUUUAAGAUCUCAGAGUACGAUUGCAUUGAAGCUGAUGUUUUGGACAGUCAGUAUAGCGGACAACUCAAUGCUGAUAAAUCUAGUGGCAUAAUGUCUUUAAAAGAUUCUUUGAAACAACUAUUCAAAGAACACACUCAUGCAAUAGUGACUGCCAGGGGUGGAUCUACAGCAGUAUGGAUGCAGGACAACCACAUGUAUUUCUUCGAUCCUCAUGGCUGUGAUGAAAAUGGAAUUCCAUCUGAGGAGCCACGUGCAGCUGCUUGUCUGGUGCGAGUAAAGGGUCAGGUUGAUGAACUAGCUAAUAUUAUAAUGGGCAACUUGGCCCCCGGUUCUGACGACAGUUUCAACAUAUCCCCUGUAACUGUAACAGCCACUAAACUGAAUACAGAGUUAGGAGCACCAGAAACUAAAUUAGAGAGUAAAGAUUUUGGAUGGAUCAGCAAGGGCACUGCAGCCAUCAUGAUGGGUCCACGAGGAGAAAACACUGCAAUUGGUAAAAUCGCUGAGAAAGUUGGUAUUGGGGAGGACGAUAUGGCAGGUCGUCUUAUCGCGUUACCCGCAGCUGCUGCUUUCGUUGCCGCCACAGAUUCUGUACCACCUCCACAUAUGCAUCAAGAUCACAUGUACAAUUUCCUUGAUGCUGGUGCCGAUUACUAUCUUAAUCACGUGAAGAAAACAGGUCGCAAGGAAGUGCUGCCUGAAGAUCUGACAGAGAAAUUUGAAAUGGGAGCCAACACUUUUUCCAUAGAGCUCGGAGAAGCAAUAAAAUUAUCUCUAAGAUUGCCUGAUGAACCUCAAGGGGAAGGUGGUGAAGAGUCGGCUGAAAGAGACGAAAUUGGUGAAGAAUUAGAAGAGGAAGAGAAAGAAGAGCCAAUGAGGCAAAUAAAGGAUGCUCUCUUUAAGAUGUGGUACGAUCAAUCGAAACUCGCUUCAGUAUCCCUCCUUGUGGGAGAUUAUCACCAAUUAGGUGUGUGGAUGUCACCAGGAGGAAAGGUAGUUGCAUUCGAUCCAGCCCCCACUCUGAAUAAAGGAUUACUGACACCUCAAAGAAUUAAAAAAGGCGACGAGAUUAGGCUUCAACGUUUAAAGGACGAGAUGACUGGUGAAGGUGGUGGUGACAUCGAUGAGGAAGGUGAUGAGGAAGCUGGUGGAGAAGGAGAAGAAAAGCCUGAACCAGAGCAGGAAUCCGUGCCCCCAGAAUCGUGCCCAGCUUUGAUGGUGUUCGCCAGUCCUGGAGAAUUUAUUGACAAACUAACACUUCAAGGGGGUCUCGAUAGGAAGCAGUGCCUGGCGCCGUACAAGCUAUAUCCUGUAACGAUAACAAAUGAACUGACAUCAUUGCUGAGAGAAAAACGCUCUUCACCUAAAAGGAGUGACGAGGAAGGUGCUGGGGAUGAAGAAGUUGAUGAUGAAGCCCUGAUAGAUUCACUAGACGACACUGCAAUAGGCAAAUACUUCACAAGACUUGGACGAGCCGUUGCAUCCCUGAGAGGCAGGGUGGCACAAAACGAAAACUAUUUUAUGGAUCAGCCUAACAGAGACAAUCAGGAUGUAACCAAUUCCAUAAUGGGCAUAGUCGUCGAACAUAUUGAACCGUAUAUCCAUUGGAAACCACAGUUGAUUGAUGCGAUACUAAAAUAUGGAGAUAGAUUAUAUACCAGCUCGCUACCCAAAGCUUCAGCGCCUCCUAAACUUCAAACCAGUGAAGUGGAAAAGGAAUUCCAUGUCACCAACUUCAACGUGAGACUGGAUGUUGAGGCUAAUAUUGUGAACGGUGAUAUAAAAGCAGGCGAGUCUGGUGGAGUACUAAGUUUGAAGAACGGACUCAUUAAAUUCUUUGAAUCGAACAAAUACGGAGUUCUUUGCGCAAAGGACUAUUGCGUAGGCAUAUGGAUGGCAGCUGAUGAUAGAGCCUACUGCCUUUGGGAACCACAUUCCGUUGGUCCGGGUGGUAGAACAUCUCCUGGAGGUGCAGCAGCCUUAGUACUAUUCUCAACUAUUGAUGAGUUAGCAAGUACAAUUAAGAGUAAUGUGGAAGCACUCGGUAGACCUGGAUCUAACAAAUUCUCUAUCUCAUCGGUCAAGGUAUUCUGGGAGUUAUCUAAGACGCCCGGUGCUGUAACAGCUCAGGGUACUAUACCCGAUGAGGGGUACGAGUGGAAGGUACUCACCGCUUACGUGGAGACAGCCCGAGGGAGAACUAUUCUAAGAGGAACGAGACCUCCAGAUCUAAUCAAGUUCACUCGUGAUGCUCUGCUUCAAUCUGCAUGCGGUGCCAUCGUGGCAGCAUGCAUGUCAUACAUACGACGCCCUCACCUCUGGACGAGGAAUACAGUGGACGAAGUGAUGGCAGUUGGGUGCCAAUUGUUUGCCGCUUCAUUGGCAUCUUUGGGGUAUGAGUUUCGACCUGGAGAGGACGUUUUAUUGCCAUUACAAGUAUUGAAACGUUUCGUUCUGGGUGUGAACUACGUGCGAUAUGAUCUUGAUGCCGUGUACUCUGGCAAGUUAGAGCAAAAGGAGCCGACUGGCAUGACUGUUCGAUGUGCACUAGAGCGCUUCUUUGAAUCUCACAAUCAUGGAAUUCUGUGGUCGGUACCACAUGCAGUCGCUGUGUGGAGGGUAGCUGGAGCACCAGCAUUUUAUAUGAUGGAACCUCACGCCUGUGGCCCAACUGGAUUAAGAAUAGAUGCACAGGAUGAUGGAGCAGCCUGUGUUUUGACGUUUACUUCAGCGAAACUAAUGGCGUUCGCCUAUCUUCAAAAUAUAACAGUAAACGAACGUCUAAAGCACGAUUUCCAACUAUAUGCCAUGACGGUAACAGUGCACCCCAUAAAGCCUCUUGGCGGGCUCGACCCACCAUUAGUAAGAGCGAUAUCUGGAGUGAAAGUUGUACCAGCUACUAGCAAGAUUGGUAUUGAUGGUGCAAAACGUCGCGCGGAUGAGAAAGAUCGAAAGCACCCUCCGGGCCGCGCCACUUGUAUUGACGCCCAGCGGGCGGCGGAUAGAAAGGACAAAGAACAAAAUAAACUCAAAGGUCAAAGAAACACCAGCGGUUGGCUGGUCCUCAAUGACGGAACACAGUUCUUGUCAGCGCAGCACUCUAUGGCCUGCAAGAAGUUCCCAUAUGCAUCCAGGGGUUAUCAGGCUAUUGCAUGUGCCGUGAUGGCCGUUGCAAUGUCUCGCGUAGAAGACGUCUGCCGUUGGUGUUCCUCGACCCUGGAUCAAGUGCUGGAGAGCGGAGACCAGUUGUACCAAGACAGCUAUUUACACUACCAUCCGCCUACUAAGAUUUUAAAUAUGCAACAGAUUCUACGUAAAUUCUAUACGCCUGGUAACUGCGUGUGUAGAGUGGUGGUGUACACCCCCAGACAAGUAGGGAACCUUGACAGUGAUCUAGUUCAGAAGGUGACUGAGUUCUUUAGAGAAGAAAAAUCGGGUGUAUUCGUCGCUGGGAAGGGGGACUUUGCUGUAGCCCUAUUCAGAACUUCGAGAGGGUAUUACAUGUUCGAUCCGGCUGACAGGGAUCGCUAUGGGCGUGCGGUGGCGCCCCCUUGCCGCGGACGAGCAAGGGCAUGCUUUUCACAAUAUUCCAAUGUACAAACUCUAGCCGAGAAGUUGGGGCCCAAUAUACCACCUACGGUUAAUGAAACGGCUCAUUACGAUAAAGAGGUCACUGUAUUUACUGAUAAAACUAAAGAAGAACCCAAUAAAGAUGAAGAUAAAGAGGUACACUUUGAAGAGCCAGCUAACUUUGCUAUAUAUGGCAUGGAUGUGACCAGCUUACGUAGACUGAAUCAACACGAGCGGUAAAUACACUUGAUAUCGAUAACUUCUUAUUUCACACUAGCGCCACCCGCCUACUUCUGAAACCCUGGAAACUGUGAUACCUUUAUAAAUAUAUAUUAUUAUAUUUUCUACUGUCUUAAACUGAAGCUAAAGAAAUGAUAGGCUUUAUUUUAUUAAGAGAAAAUUGUACGAGAUAAAACUACACGGUGAUUUUUUCUUGUCAAAUUUACGACUAUGUGUUUUAAAUAUUUAUAUGAAAAUAGUAUUUCAGAGAUGAUAGAAUAUGGGAUGCUGUUUAUUCUAAUA